UCUUUUUCCCUUUCCAUCAUCUUCUUUUCCUUUUUUGUAAUUUUAUUUCUUUUCAUAACAUCCUUCUGUUUUAUUAACCAUGUCUGAACGUAAGUUUAUGAAAGUCCUCUCUAAACCAGGCUCAGCAGCAGCUGUCCGUGAAAAUGUUUCUGCUGCUGUUCGCCAUACAACUUUAAUGGUUAGACCUUUCAUUGUUGAACCAUUGGAUUAUGAAGAGUUGAUAAAUAAAAUGAGAACAAUCCUUCAGAACGACCCACAGCGUGAAUUAGUGCUCUUUCCUAUGGAUGAUUUUGAAGCUAAAAAUAUAACUCGUGCAAUGCGGACUAUUCGACCAGUGCCAUAUAACGACCAUGAAAUCAUGAUUCCAAGCAAACUAAUAGACACUAACAUCUUACCGGUUUCCCUUCAUGUAAGACAAUGCAUCGAUGGUUUCUUGAGAGAUUGGAGUGUCAUUGAGUUUAAAUAUGAAAAAUAUUCUGGUUCCUGGACUGAAUUACCUAAAUUACCUAGAUUGAACGAAGAAGCCAACUUACAAGAUCAAGUUUAUGAAAUUGAUGAUGAUGAUGAAGAUAGUGAACGAGAAGCCCAUGACAAUGCACUCGGAGGUAUAACAAAAGAGGGAUAUAUUUUAAGGGGAUCUGAAACUGCAACCAGUGCUUUCAUGUCAAUGACAAGUAAAUCAUUUAAAAGACGUUGGAUGUGUCUCCGUCCUGAAGUUGACAAUACUUAUGUGCUAGAAUUUUUCAAAGACCAACGAAAAACCGAAUCAAAGGGUUCUAUACAUCUGGACCUUUGUCAUCAAGUAGUUCGUAAUGCUCGUCGUGGCAAAUGGGCAUUUGAACUACGUAUGAUUGAAGGACAUAAAAGUGUGAUACUUGCCACUGAAUCGGAAUCCGAUUUAGAUUCAUGGCUUGAAGCGUUAAACCGGGCUAUUUCCAAUAAAUCUGAAACAGUCAGUCGCAAAAGUGUUGCUCUAUCUGAAGGAAUAUCGACACCACCUCCAACCCUUAAAUAUAGUACACUGAGAAAUUUAGAGUUUUCUAAAAAUCCGGAGCUCAUGAAAUAUUCUCGUGAAACUGAAUACUCCAUUGCUCAACAACGUAAAGAGGACAGAGUCAAUGUAUUUUUAGUUUAUCCCGAUUUACAAUCUCGCCGAGGAUCAUUUAUUGAACUGAAGUAUAGACCCAACAAAAAGGUUGAACCUUACCGAGAGCAGUUCGGCUUUCGUUUCAUGUUUACCUGUGAUACCUUUGAAUUUAAUUUGAAAACAACUAUAGAUGGAAAUACUUGCCACAUUGAACCAUUUUUCACAUCAGUUGCUGUCUUUGAUGCAAAAAGAGGAAAGAUAACGGAAGAAUUCAGAUUCGAUGUAAAUGAUAUUCUAGUUAAAGAAAUGCUUCCAAAACCUAAAUUAGAAAGACAUGACUCAAUGGACAUGGAAGAUGCCCGUGAGUUCACUGAUGAUUGGGUGAUUGACCCAAAAUCAGCAAUUUUUUCCAUCCAUUCACCCAGUCCGGAUAUGUAUUUGGUUUUGAGAAUUGAAAAAGUAUUGACUGGUAGUAUAUCAUCAACUAGUGAUGGGUAUAUCAAAUCAUCUGAAAACGGUAUUGGUAAACUGGGUGUUAAAAUGCACAAAUCAGCUAGAGCAACUUGUCAACGGAUGGGAACUCAAUACCGGAUGCCAUUUGGUUGGGCAGUCAAGCCAUUAUUUAAAUCAACCAAAUGUUUGGACACUUCGUCCGACUUUGGUCUUAUUUAUCGACAGGAAAACAACAAAUUAAGUGAUGAAGAUUUAAUUAAACACCUCAACGAAUUGAAAAACAAUGAAAAGCUAAGAAACGUUACCGUUAUACCUGGUAAAAUUAGUUGUACUUUGAAAGAAUUGACCAAUUCAGCCACUGAAGUUCCCAACGCUGUUCUAACUAGUUCCCACCUUCCAGUUGUGCCAUUUAAAACACCAACCUCUGAACCAGCUAUCAUAGAAGUUCAAGAAUUUUUGCAAAACAAUCCUCGUAUAGCCUCACCCUUUACCCAUUAUGUCAAUUUGCUCUAUGUUUUUCCCAAGUGCCUCAAAUAUGAUAGCCAAAAAUUUUUUGCUAAGGCACGAAAUAUUUGCUGUGCCAUUGAAUUCAGAGAGUCGGAUGAUGAAAAUGCAGUUCCAUUACCAGUUAUCUUUGGUCGCCCUUGUACCGAGAAUCGUGAAUUUGUUUCUCGAGUGACAACAUCGAUUACCCACCAUUCAUCGAACCCAGAAUUUUAUGAGGAAGUUAAAAUUGCUCUGCCCGUUAUUCUGCACGAGAAACAACAUCUAUUAUUCAGUUUUUAUCAUGUUUCGUGUUCCACAUCGUCUCACAAAAAGAAAGAAUCUUCCAUUGAAACACCCAUCGGCUACUCUUGGCUUCCCAUAUAUCCUAACCGAGGAAAACUCAAUCUUGAUGAGCAAAGUAUUUGUGUUUCAUCUCACCUUCCUCCAGGAUACCUUUCUUAUAAGCCUUUAGGCUUGGGCAAAGGGUUUUCUGGUCCUGAAAUAAGAUGGGUUGAUGGGGGACGAGAAUUAUUUAAAGUUGGUUUCAAAUUCGUUUCAAGUAUCUUUCCAAGUGAUCCUCAUCUUCAUUCGUUCUUGGUUCAUGUCGACAAAAUAUUGGACAUGAAAAACAAUAACGAUGAGAUGAGAGAAGCUGAGACUGCAAGCAUAAGUUCAGGUUCAAUCAAUACAACAAUUACCAAUACUGGUUCUGAAGCUGGUCGUGAGAUUUCAAAAUUUGUACAAAUUCAGCAUGGAAUGCCAAAAAUACUGAAAAACCUGCAAGACUCUGAAAUAAGUGAUAUUAUCAGAUUUUUCCCGGUACUUAUGACGCAACUUUUACGCCUUCUCAUGGCCACAACCAGUGAAGAUGUAUCACUUAAUAUUGUUAAAAUUAUAAUUGAUAUCUUGCAUCGUAUUCACUCAGUCAACAAAGAAGAGGUUAUUCAAAGCUAUGUAGAGUAUGUUUUCACAACUGAAUCUCUUUUUCCAUGCAACUCAAAGACUACCCUUCAUGAAGAACUUAUUCGCUCUUUAGUUUCACUUCUUCGCUCAUCUUUCAAUGAUUUCAUGGUUAUCAAUAAUCUUCUCUCUCAUUGCUGGUUUUUCCUACAAAUUGCCAUUAAAUCCAUGGUUCAUCAUCUUUUAAACUCCGGACGAAUUAAAAUGCUAAGAAAUGAAAGAUUUCCGCAAGAAUAUCACAACAAUUUAUCUACUUUUAUUGACCUUCUUAUGCCUCAGAUUAUGCACAAAUAUCGAGGUCUUCCCUCAGAAACUAAAUUAGCGAACAAAGCUCUUGCAUUCUUCAUGACUCGCUGCUUGUCCUUGAUGGAUCGUGGUUUUGUUUUUCGCCUUAUCAAACUGUAUUUGGAUAAAUUUCAUUCAGCUCGUGAUAGUGUUGCCCUACAUAAUUAUAAAUUCGAAUUUUUAGCUAUUAUAACAGCUUAUGAGCAUCAUGUACCUUUAAAUUUACCUAUUCAUGGAUCAUCUAUGAAGUCCAAGAAUACAACUGAACCUGGUGUUAAAGAAAAUCCCGUCUUAAUUUCUGAAUAUUUUACAAAAACUCAUUUCAUUGUUGGUAUCAUUUUACAAGAAGUUCGUUCUGCUCUUAUUGAAGUACAUCAAGUUCGUGGUAUGGCGAUUUCAGUUUUACGUAAUCUUCUUGUUAAGCACUCAUUUGACGACAGAUAUCAAUAUAGACAGCAACAAUCUCGCAUUGCUUCUCUAUACUUUCCCUUCAUUUCUGUAUUAUUGGACAAUAUUAAUCGUAUUCAUGUUACUGGUUUUUCAUCUGCCAUCCAACAUCUCAUCAACGAUUCAAGCAACCCAUCUCGAAUUUCAUCUCCUCAUAAAUCAUCAACUCUCAAUUCUUGCUUAAAUGCAUCCAAACGAGUCUCCUUUUUUGAUACCUACAGUCUUGCUAGUUUAGACACAAUAGAUGGUACAACCAAAAGUAACAGUUUGCGUCGCAAUUCAACCCUUGAGUCAGCCAGUAAACUUAUUGCAGCAGCCAAUCGUGAUUCCAGUUAUCUGCAAUAUAUUGCAGGAACAGUCCCUAUCUCUAAUGUUGGUCUUUCUAUCGUCACCAAUGGGCAAAGUACUAACGUUCCUGGUAGUUCUGAUGAACUUACAGCUGAUGUACCAGAUAGUUCUUCGAAAUCUCCUUCGCCUGAUCCCGACAAUAAUUCAAAAAAUGUAACCGCAUCUCUAAGUCAACAACAAUUAAGUCAAAAUGUGCAAGCAGGAAAAACUGUAAACUCGACAGAUUCCAGGUCGAAUUCUCCUGCCAACUUGGAAAAAGAUGGUUCUCAUCAUCAAAGAUCGCAAUCUUUACCUGUUCGAUUUGACAAACUUAAUAAUAAAGAAGUGAGAGACCUUUUGAUUAUUCACCUCUGGAUAAUCAAGCAUGUAAAUGAAGAUUUGAUGACUAAAUGGUUACACCAAGCCUCAGAUGUGCAAAUAAUUCAAAUAUUAACUUUAACGGAAAUGUGUUUGUUUGAAUUUAAAUAUAGUGGAAGGAAAUAUUCGACCAACAAACGAUCGGGUGCAUCUGACAAGGCAAACACAUUACCUUCAAGAAUUACCUCUGCCAUGUCUACCGCUUCUAUUGGAUCCAGAUACGAUGAAAAUGAAUCAGACAAUAAUGUUUCUCAUGAAAAUAUUCUCUUUUCUUCUUUAUUGGAAGCUAAUUUAGCUACCGAAGCUGGUCUUAUUGCUUUAGAUCAACUUGGUCUCAUAACAAGUCACCUGAAAGAUCGUAUUUCUGGAAAUGAUGGUGAUAAUCCACUUAUGAAGAAAAUUUUCUCUAUUUAUCUCACCUUUCUGCAACUGGGACAAUCAGAAACUCUUUUGAAACAUCUUUUCGCCUCUCUUAGAAGCUUUGUCAAUAAAUUCCCAUCUGUCCUGUUUUCAGGUAAUCCAAAUCUAGUUGGUAAACUGUGUUUAGAAUUAUUGCGAUGCUCAUCUUCCCGGAUUGUCACUGUACGUAAUGAGUCAUCUGCUCUUCUCUACCUCCUGAUGAGAGCCAAUUUUGAUCAUUCAAAUGGCCUUUCUAUGACCCGGAUGCAUCUACAGGUGAUUAUAUCGAUUUCUCGGUUACUUGGAGAUUCUGGUUUAGCUCUCAUGAAUAACCCUCGAUUCCAAGAAUCACUGGCAGUAAUAAAUAAUUAUGCUGGGUCAGAUAAAGGUAUGCAAGGAGGAAGAUUUCCCUCUCUAGUCAAAGAAUUAACUAAAAAAGUGAGAACCGUGCUAAUGGCAACAGCAGCCAUGAGGGAACACGAAAAUGAUAGUGAAAUGUUAUUGGAUUUACAGCAUCAUUUAGCCAACAGUUAUGCUGAAACAUCACCGGCACUAAGAAGAACAUGGUUAGAAUCAAUGGCCAAGAAUCACAUUAAAAACAACAACUUUUCAGAAGCUGCUCACUGUUUGGUGCACAUUUCAGCCUUGGAAGCUGAAUAUCUUCGAAACAGAAAUCCAAAUCCUUUAGGAGCCAAAGCAUUUGCCAUUAUAUCUCCAAACAUACCUCGUGAUGAAGAAUUACAUAAUUCAACGAGAAGAGAUGAAACAAACAGUGAUGAAGAACAGUUCUCAGAGGAAUCUCUCUUAUCUAAUCUUGAAAGUGCAGUUGAUUUAUUUACUCGUGCUGAACGAUAUGAAGUUGUUCCUGAAAUAUACAAACUCAUGGCUCCUUUCUAUGAAAGAGCUCGAAAUUAUGAAAUACUCAGCAGAAUCCAUCGUAAUAUUAGUGAAAUUUAUGAUAAAAUAUUAAUGACCAAGAAAAGUGGUAAACGUUUAUUGGGACGCUAUUACAAAGUUGCAUUUUUUGGUAAAGAUUACUUUGAAGAUGACUCUGGUCGUGAAUACAUUUAUAAAGAACCCAAAGUAACUUCGUUACCAGAAAUUUCUCAACGCUUGAAAGACCUAUUCUCAUCUAAAUUUGGACCCUCCAAUGUGAAAUUAAUAAUGUCCGAGAAAGAGAUCGAUGAAAAGAAAGAUUGUGACCCUCGAUAUGCUUAUAUUCAGAUAACUCAUGUAAUUCCAUAUUCACAUGUAACCGAUCCUUCAGAGAAUCGAAUCACUGACUUUGAAAAGGUAAACAAUGUGAACAAGUUUAUGUUCGAAACUCCCUUUUCACUGACAGAUCCGUCCAAAGCAAGAUCUGGUGAUUGUGAGGAACAAUGUAAAAAACGAACCGUUUUAACGACCAAACACUGUCUGCCAUAUGUGGUAAAGAGGGUUCCUAUUGUAUCAAAAACGGUUCUCAUUUUAAGUCCCAUCGAAGUGGCCAUUGAUGAAAUGGAAAUUCGUGUUAAACAGUUGGAAGAGGUUGCCUUUUCCGAUGCACCCGAUCUCAAGAGACUCCAACUAACAUUACAAGGAAGUAUUUCCGUCCAAGUGAAUGCUGGGCCAUUAACUUAUGCCAAAGCUUUUCUCAAUGAAGGUAAAAACUAUCCUGCCUCAAAAGUAACCAAACUCCGUCAAUUAUACCGUCAAUUCGUCUCUGUGUGUGAGGUUUGCUUACAACUCAAUGAACGCCUCAUAGGAUCAGAUCAACAUGAAUAUCAACAAUCAUUAAGGAAAAAUUUCGACGAAAUGAUUGAAGAAUUACGAGACUGCUGUCAAUUAACAAUUCACAAUGAAGACAAUCUAAUGAAUGGUGGGGAUAACGCACAUCUAGAGACUUUAAACAACGGUUCUAACAAUGGAACACGACCCAUUAUGGAUAACAACAAUUCGGAAACUGACUCAGGUUUAUCUAUUGGCCUUAAAACCUAUCCAUUGGAAAUUUUUGAUUUUAUCAGUGGAUCAAGCAAUGCAUGAUAAUAAUUACAAAUGACAGUAGCUACAAACUACGUUUAUUAUUAUCUUGUUCAUUUCUUGCAAUCAUUUGUGACUUCUUCAUCUUUCCAAUCUAAUUAUUGAUUGGUCAUCUAUGAUGAUCUCUUCUUUCAUCGCCAUUUUUAAUCAAAACUCUCAAUUGAAAUACCAAACAAAGCAACACUAUUAUUCCUUCCAAGCAUGAAUACUAACUUAAUUAUUGCUAUGCCGAAACACUUUAUCGCAAUGAAUACCAUUAACAUGCCCAUGAUCAUAACCAUAUGACUACUAAAAUCAACACUGGUCAACGUAUCAAAGUUGGAAACUGUCACUUUCAAUUGAGAACAUGUUACGACUUUUUUUUUCUUUCUAAGCCUGGACUAAAUCAAUUGCACGAUUACAAUUAUUGAAACAAAACAUGACAAAUAUUUGAAUAUGCUUUUGUAGCAAUUUUCUCAACUGUCACUUAUUUUUCUCAUUCCUCAUCAUUCCAACACUUCCAAAUAAUUUCAAUCUUUCCUUCGAAUUAUAAUUAUAUUUUGAUGAAUUCAUCUAAGCACAAAAAUCAAAAUUAAUUCGAUCAAUAUGCAAACUAAAAUGUUGAUAAUGUAUUGUUGUAAAUAUCUAUUUUGUUUUAGUUGUAAAUAAAAAUACUUUAACA